AUGUUUUGGAAAUUUGUGUGCAUUUUAGUAUCUGCCACUAUUAUCGAAGGUGGUGUGCCAUCAAAGAAUUGCAUUUAUAAUGGAACUCUGAAUGCCCUUGAGGAGAAUUGUACGACAAUUACAGGAAACGUUAUAAUUAAAUCAACUGACGUCCCAACGGUCCUCUACAAUAAGUUCGUUCAUACUGUAGCUAUUGAUGGAUGCGUUCAGAUAGAAGGAACCCAAUUGCAGGGGCUCGAUAUGUUUGCACGUUUGCUAACAGUAAAAUGUGUCAACUCAAGUUUCGCAGUUGAUUUUUAUAUUGGAAAUAAUACUCAGUUAGAGCGGCUCGGAAUGCCAGUACUAACAGUCGAUCGUCUUGGUCUGACGUCAAACCCGAAAUUGUGUCUUACUCAUGAAGAGAUGAUACGUCACAAAAACAUCCAACGUGCCUUUACUGAUAACAUUUUGACAUGCCAAGGCAAAAGCGGAGAAGUGAAAGAAUGCAACUCGACUGCGUCGUCGGCAAACGCUGGAUUGAUCGAUGGUUGUGAGAUUGUACUAGGCGACUUGUAUAUUGAAGGGAUGGAUAACGCCGAUAUUUCCAAUAAACUGUAA